AUGUCUAUUGUGGCAAUAAAAAAUGCUGUGGUGAAAUUGGUGUCUAAGAAAGCUGAUAGCGCACCUUUGCUAACGAAUGAGGCACCAGUUGGCAAUUCUUAUGGAUCCUCUGGCAGCAACUUUCAUCAUGAAGACGAGGAAACUGGAAAAUACGAGGACAAUGAUGACGAAGGUAAAACCGGCAUUUUUGGCAAAGUAGACCCCAGGCUGAUGAGCGAUAUGAUCAUCGGGUUGAGCGACGGGCUCACGGUUCCGUUCGCUUUGACCGCCGGGCUAUCGUCGCUGGGUGACUCCAAGCUUGUGAUUACAGGUGGAUUAGCCGAGUUGAUCUCGGGAGCCAUCUCGAUGGGGCUGGGUGGCUAUCUGGGUGCCAAGAGUGAAUCCGACUAUUAUCACGCUGAAGUAAAGCAAGAGAAGCGUAAGUUUUAUAAUAAUAUGAAUUUGAUAAACCAUGAAAUUGAAGACAUUCUACUGGAAAUAAAUCCUGAUUUUUCGGAUGAAACUAUAGUGUCAUUUAUUAAGGACCUCCAAAAGACUCCAGAAUUGAUGGUUGACUUUAUAAUCAAGUAUGGUCGUGGUUUGGAGGAACCUGCAGAGAAUAGGCAGUUCGUUAGCGCUGUGACCAUUGGAGGAGGAUAUUUUGGCGGUGGAUUUGUGCCGUUGAUUCCUUACUUCUUUGUCGAGAAGGUGGGUACAGGACUAUUACUUUCGACGAUAUUGAUGUCAAUUACCUUAUUCUGGUUCGGUUACCUGAAAACCUCCAUUUCUAUGAGUGACAAUUGUACUCUGGGCAAAAAAAUAAGCGAAGGCUUUCAAAUGCUUGCAGUCGGUGGUGCGGCAGCAGGUGCUGCAUGGUUCAUGGUUAGGGUCAUUGAUCAGUGA